CCUGUCCGGGCGGAGAUGGCCGGAAUCGGCCGCUGUAAAUUGUUCGAUUUCUUGAGUACCUGUUUCCCAUGCAUGAAAAAUUAUCAAGUCCCACCAAGGAAAGUUACUCUUCUUAUGGUGGGGCUUGAUAAUUCAGGAAAAACUGCCACAGCCAGAGUUGUCAAAGGAGAAAGUCCGACAGAUGUGGCCCCAACCAUUGGUUUUUCCAGAAUUGAUUUUAAACAGGGAAAUUUUGAUGUCACAAUUUUUGACGUAGGAGGUGGACACAGAAUAAGGGGAAUUUGGAAAAAUUACUAUGCUGAAUCAUAUGGCUUGAUAUUUGUGAUCGAUUCCAGUGAUGUAAAUAGAAUAGAAGAAACGAGAGCGGCAAUAACUGAAGUUCUAAGUCAUCCCAGGAUGUCAGGAAAACCUGUGUUGGUGUUGGCAAAUAAACAAGAUAAAGAAGGAGCUUUGUCAGAAGCAUGUCUAAUCGAAUGUUUGUCUCUAGACAAACUGGUCAAUGAGCAAAAAUGUGUCUGUCAGAUGAAAGGUUGUUCAACAGUGUUGGGCACUGGCAAAAAAAUUGACAAGUCUAUAAGAAGAGGUCUUUUUUGGCUACUGAACUGCAUUGGCAAUGACUUCGAUGGUUUAAAAGCACGUGUUGAAAGAGACACAAAAGCUCAACAAGUUUUUGAGGAAAUGGAGAAACAGGAACGAGCUGAGCGAGUGCGGCAACUACGAAAAGAAAGAGAAGAGAGGGAGAAAGAACAUGCCACCGAGCAUCCUGAAUUUUCCGGCUUUGAUUCUGAUAUUGAUUCUGAUCCAUUUAUUGCCAAUCCAUUUCAACCAAUAAAUGCUGUACUCAUGGAGAAUGAGAGAAGAAAGCGGAGGAUGGAUAAAGAUAUUGACUGCAUUAUCCAGAGACCAUACACAGAACAAGAAAAAUCUGACAUGCAGAGCCAAUUCAACAAUGGAAGCCAAAGAACAUUUGAUGAUUGUAUAUGCACAGACCCUUAUAGGGUGCUGUCAUACAUACGGCCAACAGAGAAGGAAAUUGACAAUGCACAAUCCUCUGAAUGUGCUGACUCAGAUCCCAGUGAAAAGAAAAAUAAGACCUUCAGGUUCAUAAGACCUAACCGGAUACUACCACAUAAUAUAAGUGACCCUGGUCCUGAGCCACAGGAUUCACCAUCAGAGGCACAUCCAGUGCCUGAUCCCAGUGAAAAGAAAAAUAAGACCUUCAGGUUCAUAAGACCUAAACGGAUACUACCACAUAAUAUAAGUGACCCUGGUCCUGAGCCACAGGAUUCACCAUCAGAGGCACAUCCAGUACCUGAUUUCUGUGGAAAGUCCCUACCACCACUGAGAGACCUUUUCCGUCGGAAACCCAACAGUGAUACCGAUGAUUGUAUCUCAUAAUUAAUUCUCAUGUGGUGUUCUUUGUCUAGGAUAAGAAAUUAUUAAUGAUUAAAUUAACAUAAGGACAAUUUGUUUUUGCAAAGAAGAAAAUAUUCUGAAAUUUGGUAAUGUAAAGAAAUAAUACAUUUUAGUCAUUGAAAUUUCUUCCAGAGAUCUGAUCAGUUUCACAGAACAGAAUUUCAUCAAAUUUCUACUUUCCAAGUGAAGAUAUUUUUUAUACUUGCUUUUCUGUCUCUGUCAUUUAAAUUUACAAAGGAAUAAUAUGAUAGGCAACCAAGUUAACAGAAAACGUUGACCAUUCAUUUACAAUGAACAUUUACGGCAACAGACCUGAAGGAAAACAACUUCAGGCAAAAAACAUUUGGACUUGGGACACUUGAAUAUUUUGUUUAAUAAUGAGUAUUUGUAUAGUUUACUUUUUAAAGAUUUUUUUGUAAGUUACGUGUGCAUGCAUGUUGGGGUAAAUCCUGGGAAUCAUAAACUAAAAUUUUAAACUAUAUUUCUAUAUAUUUCCUAAAACUGUUUGAGAUUUUACAUGAAUAUAAUUUAAGUUUUGCCAUUUUCUGUAGCUUGUCAAUAUCCAUAUUUAGAUUUGGUUGCCUGGAGGAAAUCAACUUCAGGCAAAAAAGCAAUUGGACUUGGGACCAUUUAAUAUUUUGUUUAAUAAUAAUUAUUUCCCUAGUUUACAUUUUUAAGAUAUUUUUGUAAAAGAUAUGUACAUGCAUGUAAAUCUUGGGAAUUAUAAACUGAAAUUUUAAAGUAUAUUUUUGUAUAUUUCCUAAAAUUUUGCCUUGGGAGUUUACAUUAAUAUAAUUUGUUUUUCUGUUUUCUCUAACUCAUCAAUAUCUGUUUUGUUUUGGUGGAAUACAUUUGUUUUGACAAAUAUAAUUGUACAAGUAAAAUAUAUUUAUAUAGCUUUGUAAAAGCAAUGACAUUUUAAAAAUAUCCCUUUUUUGCCCUGAUUUUUUCAUGAUGUUUCUUUUUUAUAGCAAAAAUCUAAAAACUUACUCUACAUUAACUUAUCAGGUUUUUGUUGAAAUAUUUUCUUUAGUUUGAAAGAAUUUUAAAAUAUUGACCAAUACUUUUUUUUUUGAUAGGUAAAAUUCUAUUCCUAUGUGAAAAGCAAUUUAAAGACUUUUCAUAUGUUUAACAUAUCAACAAUAAAUUAUUUCAGUGAUCAAGGAUGUGGUAACACCUUGACUCCUUUCAAAGCUAUAAGUCUUUCAUAUUUCCCUAACACUUUUCAGUAUAUUUGUUAAACCUUAUUAGGAAGUACCUUAAUUUUUAAUUAAAUCAUUUUAAUUUAAAGUUAAUAAAGCUUCCAAAGACAAGUAUCUUUGCCAGUAAUUAUGACCCUGAGAAAACCUGGAGCAAUAAAAACAACAAAAAAAAAAAAUGCUAGUGGAAUAUUACAUUCUUCAAACAGUAUUUCAUGAAUAGACUACAGAAAUGAUAAAAUUAUUUUUCAGAUUUAAAAAUAGUAUAACAUUAUGUACUAUAAGUUAAAUAUCAUUUGAAUAUGAUUGCAUGCAUGAUUAUCAUACAUUCGACAUGAUUCAGUUAUAUGUUUUACUGGCAUACAUGAAUAAUUUCAAAGAUAAUUAAAUGUAUAGCUAUAUUUAAACCUAAAACACUUUUAAAACAGAAUUAGAGCUUUUUUUUUUUUAAUAGUUUCUGGGUAGGACAGAAACAUACUAUUAUAUAAAAACAUAACUUGAGUAUUUUUAAGAUAGGAUUAAUAUAAUAACUUUUAAUAUUAUAAUUGAUACCUUCAUAUUUUAACCCCCAUUUCAUUUAAUUUCUUUAAUUGUCAUGGAUAUAACUCCAUGUAACUCUAGUCUUGACUAUGAAGAACUUGAGGUGAAUGCUUUUAUUUAUUUAUUUAUUUCAGCUGGCAUUAUUAUGCCAUACUUAACUAAGAAAUCUGCCUUCUAUUUUAAUAAUAUUUGCAUAGCAGGUUAAAUCUGACAAAUUUUCCAAAUCUAAGAAGACAUGAUCAGUUAUAGAUUAUAUAUAAUUAUACAGUUUGAAAAUUUUAGUAACUAAACUUGGUUCAUAUGUGUGUUUAUAUAUGCAUAUUUAUAAUAUACCCAUACAUGUCUUUAAAUUGAACUUAAAUUUUACUUUGUUUAUGUAUAGUUAUAUAGUUUUACAAUUUAUAUGAUUGUUUUUCUAAGCUUUUCGUUCCUUCAAUUUUAUUUCAUUUUAAUUUUUUAUUAUACAACCCUGAACCAAUGCCUUAUCUGUUGAUUUCUGGGAGUCCUAUAGAAAACAUAAACAACAAAAAAAAUUUUUUCAUAUAAAAUUAAGCUCAACUGGUAAAUACUGAAUAAAAAGAUUUAAUAUUUCUCAUAAUUGGUUCUUCCAACUAACAAUAUAUUCUAAAAGGCAUUUUGUAAAUGUAAUUGAUUGUAAUUAUGAAUGCUUGAUUUAUUGUCCUAUACCGAAUUUAUAUUCUUAAAGUUCAUGAACCAUGAUAUUUAUACGCAAUAAAACAGUAUUUGUCAAUUUGG